AUGUACGUGUUCAUUGCGACUGCAACUCUACAGAUUCAAGACCCAGCCGCUUUUACUUACGUUCCCGAUGGCGCCGAUCUCUUCCUGAAGACCCCAGAAGUCAAGUCAUCUGCCUCUACUACCACCACUGUUGCUGGACGUAAGAAGCCUCCCCGACCCAUGAACAGCUGGAUGCUCUUCCGCGAUGAUAUGCACAAGAAGCUCAAAGCUGCUAAUCCUGAUCUUACUGUUCAGGUCAUCUCUACCAUCUGCUCCAAGAAGUGGAAGACCCUCCCCGCCGAUGAGAAGGACAUGUGGCAAGCUAAGGCCCUAAAAGCGAAGGAAGCCCAUCAGCGUCUGUAUCCGGAUUACAAGUACAGCCCCCGCAAGCCUGGUGAAAAGAAGAAGAGGCAAUCGCGCAAGAGAGCCAAGACUGCCGCUCGUUCUUCGACCAACAGCGUCUCGCCAGCCUCUACGUCUUCCGCUAGCCCCCAGCUCGACAUUUUCGACUUCAAUUCAUUCCCGGAGUUGGUCCCACUUGCAGCUGAUACUGCUCCUACCAGCAGCGCUGCGGAGACAGCUUCAGGUGUCACUUCCGACCUCAGCAACAUCUUCUCUUUUGAUCCUCCUCAGCUGGACUUUACCAUUGAUGCUCCGGAGAUGAGUCUGCAAGCCACAAACCCUUUCCCCACCAUUCAAGCCCCGCUUGCUGCUGAGGAUGUAUUCUUUGCUGAGACUUUGCGCCAGGAACAGCUUGAUCUUGAGUUUGGUCCGCUCUUCGACCUCGACAGCUUCCUGAACACCGGAGACAAUCUGGCUUUUAGGGCAACCGCUGGAGAGAACACCAUGCUCCCCGAUUUCUUCUCUGGCCACUUCUGA